GGCGCGCCUCACCGAGGGGCGGGGCGAAGCAGUCCGUGACGUCACAGGGGCGCUCCGCUCUCAGCCAGGAGCUGCAGAGCUGCAGAGGCAGCUGAUGGACCCAUGAGGUAAAGCUGUGACGAUGAUGGCUGUGUUGAUGCAGAACCACUUGGUUGUCCUUUUAGCAGUGACCUACUGGUCUUUGCCCAGUUCCUCUCUGAACCCAGAUGAUCCAAACGUCUGCAGCCACUGGGAGAGCUACUCGCUGACGGUGCAGGAGUCCUAUGCGCAUCCAUUUCAUCAGAUUUAUUACACCAACUGUCCAGACAUCCUGAAGUGGUUCAAGUGCACCAACCACAGGGAGCUUUAUCGGACAGCUUAUCGCACAGGAGAGAAAAUCAUGUACAGGAGGAAGUCCCAGUGUUGCCCAGGCUUCUUCGCAGAUGGAGAGACGUGCGCCCCGUAUUGUGCAGACAGCUGUGUUCAUGGCAGUUGUAUGGAACCCAACACCUGUCGAUGUGAACCAGGCUGGGGGGGCUCUAACUGUUCCAGUGGUGAGUUUUUCAGCUGUUGCUGUCUGUGAGUGAUCCUGUCACAUGUUUGGCUGGUUUCUUGU